GGAGUCCUUAGAUCAGAGACCAGCAUCACAUUUCAGCCAUGAACCUUUAAAUCCACCUCUGGGCUCAGGGGCCUCCCAGUGUCUUUUGGCUAAAAGUAACUGGCAGCUCUGCAAGUCUGGGGACAAACAAAAAUCACUUCAGGUUUGAAAAUCAUUUCACGGUGACCGACCCCCCCCUUGCUGGCGUGACAGAGGCUCCUCCCACCCUACCUGCGGUGACUUCUGCCGGGAGCAGAGUGGUGGGCCAGACGUUGGUCAAUGCCACCCUCGGCGGGAUCCGAGGAACAGCGGCAGCCAUGCCUCCCCCUGCCCCAGCCUCCCCUUCCCCCCCACGUUGAGCUACAUGGUGUGGGUGCUCUUGGGACCCCCAAGGAGUGACUGUCUGCCCUUGCUUCGCACCCCCAACAGCAACUCCCUCAAGAUGUCGCUUGAGUGGCUGGUGGCCUGGAGCUGGUCGCUGGACGGCCUGAGGGACUGCAUCGCCACGGGCAUCCAGUCGGUGCGGGACUGUGACACCACCGCUGUGGUCACCGUGGCCUGCCUGCUGGUCCUGUUCGUGUGGUACUGCUACCACGUGGGCCGGGAGCAGCCCCGGCCCUACGCGUCCGUCAACGCCCUGAUGCAGGGUGCAGACGCCAACGGGCUGCAGAACGGGUUCGUAUACUGCCAGUCCCCCGAGUGCGUGCGCUGUGCCCACAACGAGGGCCUCAACCAGAAGCUCUACCACAACCUGCAGGAGUACGCCAAGCGGUACUCCUGGUCCGGCAUGGGCCGCAUCCACAAGGGCAUCCGCGAGCAGGGCCGCUACCUCAACAGCCGGCCCUCCAUCCAGAAGCCCGAGGUCUUCUUCCUGCCUGACCUCCCCACCACGCCCUACUUCUCCCGAGAUGCCCAGAAGCAUGACGUGGAACUGCUGGAACGGAACUUCCAGACCAUCCUGUGCGAGUUUGAGACCCUCUACAAAGCGUUCUCAAACUGCAGCCUCCCGCAAGGAUGGAAAAUGAACAGCACCCCCAGUGGGGAGUGGGUCACCUUUUACUUGGUCAAUCAGGGGGUUUGCGUUCCCAGGAACUGCAGGAAGUGCCCACGGACGUACCGCUUGCUUGGAAGCCUUCGGACCUGUAUUGGGAACAAUGUUUUUGGGAACGCAUGCAUCUCCGUACUGAGCCCUGGGACUGUGAUAACGGAGCACUACGGGCCCACCAACAUCCGCAUCCGAUGCCAUUUAGGUCUCAAAACUCCAGGUGGCUGCGAGCUGGUGGUAGGGGGAGAGCCCCAGUGUUGGGCAGAAGGACGCUGCCUCCUCUUUGAUGACUCUUUCCUGCACACUGCAUUCCAUGAAGGUUCCGCAGAGGAUGGCCCACGGGUGGUUUUCAUGGUGGAUUUGUGGCAUCCCAAUGUGGCAGCAGCCGAACGCCAGGCCCUGGAUUUCAUCUUUGCUCCGGGACGAUGAGAACGUUUCCCGUGCUGGAGUCGGCGACCUUGGCCACGGGUCAGCCUGGACAACCUGGGGUACAGUCCAGCCCCCACCCGUGCCGUGAUUCCAUGCUCAGAAACCUGCCUCAACAGAAAGUUCUUAUCUGGGGUUUUGAGAUCACGUUGGGUCCCUCCUUCCUUUGGUUGUUGUAAAUGGGAAAUUUUCAGCUUGUAUCUCCUUAGAUUUUUGUUGUUGUUGUUCCUUCCAGUCAUUUGCUUCUGCGAUUCCUUUCUGCCUAAUAGCGCAUUCCUUUGCUCUGUGACCAGAGGCUUGGUCCCUGUCGUCUGCGCUGUCUUGCUACCUGGUUUUUUCAGUGCUCUGAAAUAGAGUAACCAAAUGGUUGUCUGAAUGUAAUCAUGUAAAACUCCUUGUGGUCAUCAUAAAGAACAACAAAUGAAACAAAACAAAAAACUGCAAACCAGAGAGCUAGAGCCCUUGGCCUCUGUUGCUGUCAUGGUCACACAGGGGACCCGCCAGCCCACCCACCUCCCCCAUGGCAGGGGGAGAGUCUGCAAUCCCCACACCCAGCCGGCGUCAGGGGCAGUGCACACGGCUGGGCCUGAGCAGACUUGUCACCAUCGCUCACCUCACUCCGAACCCCAUCAGGUCCCUGAUGGUGGGGAGCAUUUGGCUGGUGGGACUGGAGCCUUCUCUGUAAACACUGCUCUCCUUCCAAGCUGAGUCUGGUGUCCUCGAGAGCCAAGUCAGGGCUCCCACGGAUCAGCUGCAGAACGUGUGAUCCACUUACCUCACUGCCUACAGAAGCCCUACUGCCAAACCGGGCCCGGAAAAUUCUCCGUGCAGCUGUUUUGAGUCCACGGUGAUGAACGUUGAGACCAGCAGGUUGGCUGCUAGGAACUGUGGUGUGGUGAGACCGCGCUCAUCCGGUGACAUUCCAGAAACACCUUCCUCUGGCAAAACUGGAAUCGUAGAUCUGACCAAAAAAGUGUCUGUUUUGCUUUGGAGUUCUGUUGCCUAUGAUUUUCCAUUUAUCUGUCUGUACAUAAAUGUUCGAGUGCUGGACUCAGAGAUAGUGGAGGUGUCCGCCCCGUGUGUCUUUGUCAUUGCAUAGGGUUGCAUGCCGGGAUGACAGUGACCUAAGCCAGUGGGUGUGAGAGAGGCCUUUGUGAAGACCUACAAACCCAAAAGACCUGCGUGGCAGUGCUGGCCUUUUGGUCUCCUGUGAAGGACACGGCCAGUUAGAGGCACUGAUUCUAGAAACACUCGCCUGUGAGCUGAGGUGUGCAAGAAUAGCCUUCCAGCUGUCUUAAAGUUGCCUUUUUUUGAAUAAUGUGUCACAGGCAGUGUCCAGUUUAUAAAGCCAUGGAGUGGUGUGGGAUAUACAGCUUGUCACAUACACAGGUCUCAUAUUUGUCCGAAUGGAAACCAGAAGCUUCUGGGAGGAACAGCUAUCGGAAGUGACCAUGAUCCACAAUGCACUAGGCAGUUACUGGCAAGUGAGCAAAGAAAAACCUGUCUCCAUUUGAGUAAAAUUUCUACACAGAUGUUUUUUUCCGUGAUCAGAAUGCAGGACAGGGCAGCAAUUUCAAACACACCUGAAAUCUUUUUACUCAUUAAGUAUCUUGUUCCGGAAUCACCGAGGUGCAUGAUUUCUAUACAUACUGACUGCUCUCCGUUUACAAAGCCCGCAGCCCACACAGGUACGCGGCUACCUGAGCUCAUGUGCCGUGCUUGGGGAACAGGAGAUAAAUAAAGGACCUUGCUGAAAACCA